AUGAAAACCACGGUUCAUGUAGAAACUAUCGGAUAUUUUUGGGCUGAAAACAUCGAGAAUACAACUACCUCGCCUGACUCACUGAAUGGAAAUCAGAAGUAUAUCACGAAUACUACUCAAGCAGUUCCAUAUAUCAAUCUAAAUCUAGAUGUUCCGUUGUACUCUGAAGAUAGAAAUAACUUUAAAAGUCUUCUGAAUCACAUUAGCAGAAAUGGAUGGCCAAAAUCUGAGAAACCAGAUGUUGUGACGGAUCAAAAAGUACUCAAUGCAGUGGCUGUUGGAGCCGAUAUUCCCAUCAGAUUGACAAGAAUAGCUGAUAUUAUUUUUAUGUGGAUUGAAAAGGAGAAUCAGGAUGCCACUCAAAAGAAUUAUGAGGCAGUUUUUAAGAAUUUCUUCACCAAAAAUACUGAAGAGAAAGCUGCAAAAUGCUCUAAAAAGGCAAUAUUUCAAUCUAGAAUCGCUGGAGUUCCGUUUUCAAAUAUUCUCUAUUCGGGAGAAGUUGAUGCGAUAGAUGCCAGUAACCAACACUACAAUUUCAAAGUCAUCCGAUCCGCAACGAACACUUUGAACUUUUGGGAAAAUAAGAGUGCGCAGUUCUUCUGGGAUUCUGUCUUCGGAAAUAUUUCUACUUUGGUUGUGGGAACGAGGACUGGAGAGAAAGAAACUGAUCCAAAAACCAGAGAUCCUCUUUUCUAUCCGGAAUUGUCGAUUUAUAAACUAGAAAAGUUCAGUCAAGAAACUCUUCCACUGCAAGUAGCAAAAUUUGCGGCUCGUCCACGAAGCACAUUUCAAUCCUGGUCAAUUAUUGAUGGAGAGGCGAGACUAAAAGAUUUUUUCAAACUGAUCAAGAGUACUGUAACAACUAAUGGAGACUAUUUUGUGUAUUCUCAAAAAGAAGAAAAAUCGAUAGUUGAGAAGUUGAAUGAUGAAGGCGACGAUACUCGGAAUUUCAUACUUCAAAGCAUUCCUAACUAA